AAAUGUACAAAGAUUUAAUGACUUGGAGGUCCUGAAUGGUUACGUAAACAGAAACAAAAACAAAGAGAACUGAUCUUUUUUUUUUACAUAAAUUGUACAAAACCUGAACACAACAGGUUAAAGAUUCGUUUUGCGUUAAAAAUGGGCCUGGUUUUAGUAUUUCUCGGGCAUAAAAAUACAAAGGGACUAUAACGCAUUUUACAGUUCAUUGUGUUCGCUAGUAGUGAGGCUAUUGAGCAGGGUCACUGAAUGUUAAAAUACUCUUGUUUUUAUUAUUAGUUUAAUCUUUCCGUAAUACCUUUUCUAUUUGGGAGUGAUAAUGCACUUAAAAAAUAUAUUUUAGUGUUAUUUUUUACUUUGGAAUCCUUAGAAGAUAGUUGUGUGUGGAUACAAUGAUACAAUUCCAUCACUUCUGAUUUUCAACUGGAAGUUAUUCACAAAGCUAUAGCAUAACUUGUACGUUACUGGCAACCUGCCGUGUUCUCCCUUGUCUUAGACACAGCGUUCAGUCUCCAUCCCCCCUCACGUCUCACUCAGGAAUUAAACGUGGACGUGUAACCCAUUCAUCGUUGAAACAGCUUGGGCCCUCAGUGGAAGUUGAAGUGGAGAUAAGUUCCCAGUUGCAUUUGAUGAAGCGGGUCAUAGUUGUGUAGAGUUGUGUUUAAUGGCAAAUCGCUAUUUUGCCGAGACUUUAACGUCUGUUCUGAACGGAAGUAAUCGUUUAUUGAUAUUGUGCAGAAAUAUGUAAAAUAAAAACUAACGUUAGCGAAUGGUAUUUUGUUAGCAGGCUAGCUAGCUAGGUUAUCAGUGCUCUUGUGUGUAACGUUAGGGAGCGCUAACAGUUAGCUAGCCAGCUAGCUGGCUAAUCCAUUUACUUCAGCUUCGCACCAUUCCGGGUAAGAUGCUAAUUUAGCUUGCUUGGUAUAGCUAACUGCUUGCAAAAUAACAAAAUCUGAUUUGCCAGCCGUUUUAGUUAGCCUUCACUUGUUUUGAGCUUAGUUUGAAGAAACUUGACCAUUUGUGAUUUGACAUUCACAGUUCGAGUUUUCUGUAGUGGAGGCCGUUGUGAGCCACCUCGUUAGUUAGCUGCAAAUUAGCCACCACCAGUGUACGGGUUUCAUCUGUGGCCAGCAACGUUAGCAAACAGUGGCUGGCUUAGAUAGCUCGCUCGCUCGCUUGCUAGCUAGCAAGCUGUGUGAUCUGUAGUUAGCUAGCUAAAGUUCCUUGGCUGUUCGGCGUGCCUUUUUCGAGAUGCCUGCUAUGUUAGAAAAGAGCAGCACCGAAAUAACCGGUAAGAGAAGAGGCAGAAACUCGGUGAAUAACCCAACCAAAAGUUUUACUUCAAACGGGAACAGUAACAAUUCAUGGGAGGAAGGAAGUUCGGGUUCCUCAAGUGAUGACGACCAUGCCGCAGGUGGGAUGCGAGUGGGUCCGCAGUAUCAGGCAGUCGUUCCAGAUUAUGACCCUGAAGUAGCAAAGGCCAGCCAAGAGAGGGAGAAUUUGGGAAUGCUGGUGUGGAUUCCCAGCCAGAACCUGGCAGAGGCAAAAUUGGAUGAGUAUAUUUCAAUAGCCAAAGAGAAACAUGGAUACAAUAUGGAGCAGGCAUUGGGCAUGCUGUUCUGGCACAAACACAACAUAGAGAAGUCUUUGGCAGACCUGCCCAACUUCACCCCUUUUCCAGAUGAGUGGACAGUGGAGGACAAAGUGCUAUUUGAACAGGGUUUUAGCUUUCAUGGAAAGACCUUCCACCGCAUUCAACAGAUGCUUCCAGACAAGUCUAUUGCGAGCCUGGUUAGAUUCUAUUACUCAUGGAAGAAAACACGCAGCAAAACUAGUGUGAUGGAUCGGCAUGCCCGCAAACAGAAGCGAGAUCGUGAGGAGAGUGAUGAAGAUGGAGAUGAGACGAACUGUAACUCUCCUGGUGACCCAGAGUGUGAACUGACCAAGGAGGAGAAAAAAGAGCCGGUAGGCCUUGUAGACAAGCCAACGCAUGUUAAGAAAGAGGUGCAGGGUCUGACUGGGAGGAACCUACAUAGAGCGAAAAGGAAGCCACCCAAAGGCAUGCACCUAAGCCAGGGUGACGUGGCAGCUAUGUCGAGCAGCGGCCCGGCCGCAGUCAGUGUCUUGAGGCAGCUGGACAUGGAGCUCAUCGCCGUUAAACGACAGAUCCAGAGCAUCAAACAGAAUAACAGUUCCCUGAGAGAGGCACUGGAUACAGGAGUGGAGGAGUUCAGACCUUCUGAGGUGAAUCAGAAGUUCAACACACGCUGGACUACAGAGGAGCAGCUUUUUGCAGUACAAGCUAUAAGGAAAUACGGAAGGGAUUUCCAGGCCAUUUCUGAUGUAAUUGGCAACAAGUCUGUGGUGCAGGUGAAGAACUUCUUUGUGAACUACCGGCGCCGCUUUAACCUGGAUGAGGUGCUACAGGAGUGGGAGGCUGAGCACGGUGUGGAGGGCUCUAAAAGCUCAGAGGAGGAUAAGAUGGAGGUGUCAUCUGAGGAGGGCACCACCACCCCAGUACCACCAGACGACCCAAAGGAGGAACUUGCAGCUACAGAACCACAGACUCACUCAGCCUCUUGAGUGGCGAUGCGAUGGUCAGGUGAUGGCUCCUAACCUAAACGCAAUCCAGUUGAUGUUACUGCUGUGCUGAAGAGGCACCAGGGCCUUUGCAGUUGCCCAACACAAGUGUAGUCGCUUCAUACCAAUUUGACCCCUGCUCCCCUGACCUCAGCCAAAUUUCCCCGCCCAAGAUGGAGACACAAACCUCACUGGGCGUGAUUGAAGAAUAAGAAUUGUUUCACUUUUUAUGUUCUGUCACUGCCAGCACAAAUAUGAAGUUGGCUGUCCACCAGGUCAAAAUCAUGCGUGGUGCAGCAAAUGCUAUAAAUGUUGCGGAUGGCUGGAUUUUAUGAUCUUGUCAAGGAUACACACUCAAACAUCCCAGGUUCACCAAGCUUUGCUUCAUCUUUGUGAAUAGUUCAUGUGAGAAAAUACCUGAGUGUAUUUCACAGUGCAUCAAAAUCUCCCCCCCCCCCUCUUCCUUAUGAGCUUAUAAAGUAAUCAUAUUUAGUGUCUUGUGGUUUUAGGUGACUUCUGUCAGUUGUUCUAUCAUGAGUUAAUCUCUGAGUCUAUUUAUUUGCUUACAGUGUAGCUUCAAGAAAAUGGCAAACUUUCUAAAAAAAAAAUUAAGUUUGUAUAUUAUAGUGUGGAUUUUGACACAUAUACACAUUUUUAUAAGUUACUUGAAGGUUGAAAGAAUAGCCUUGGUUAUUUUGAGGUCCAUGUAGUCAUUUGGGUUAUCGGUGAGAAUGAGCUCUUUAUGUUGACAGUAGUUUCAAUUUCAAGUUACUCGAGUUCAACUGUCAUUGAUUGAUUGAACUAGUGAACUGGCUCACAUAUAGUACAGUGGACUGUGUUUCAAAAGCAACUGGGUGCUCUUUGUAAGUAAGCCAGACACAAGACAUGACAGUUUUUACUGUCUACUUUCUUACAUAUCAUUAGGAGAUCUAUGUUGUCUUGGGGUUGUAGAAUGUUGAGUGCAAAUGUGAGUUUGGGUCCUGGACUGCUGAAUGGGUCCUCUGGAAGAUUUCAAAACGAGUGGUACCAAGUGACUUGAUCAAAAGAAUACGAGAAGACGUGUAUGGGUAUAAAUCUUGAAUUGUCCCUUUAAGAUGUUCUGUCAUUGAAGACAAAUUGCAAGAUUUUAAAUAGAAUUUUUUAUUGUACCCAUUUAUAAAUAUAGUCACCUAGAUCUCAUUCAAUAAAGAUUGUUUUAAUUGAAUUUCAUAUGUAAUGCAUUAAGAUACAUGCUUGAUAAUGGACCAUUGCAUAAGGUGGUGAGGAUGUGUGAAUAUGGAGAAAGACAUAUAUGGGAUUUUGUGUUUAUGGUGGUUUUAUAACAAGGGCUGUUGACCAAGUACUGGCUCCUGGUGUUGGAAGUGCUGUGGUUUAUAGGCUUUCUUGGUGUGUUUUCCUUAAAUUUUUUUUUUAAUGUGUACCAAGUGCUGUCUUGCAUGCAUGGGCAAUAAUUAUGGCAGUCUAGGCCCAACUUUGACAGCAUAGACUCCAGUAAAAUGAGACGCAAGAGGGCAACAGUGGAUGUCAGUUUCCAUAUUAUAGUAAAACCGUAAAGGACUGCAGAUCUCUCUCUCUCUCUCUCUCUCUCUCUCUCUCUCUCUCUCUCUCUCUCUCUCUCUCUCUCUCUCUCUCUCUCUCUCUCGAGAGAGAGAGAGAGAGAGAGAGAGAGAGAGAGAGAGAGAGAGAGAGAGAGAGUGUCAAAUAAAUUCUGAGGUCAAUUCAUUUCCAGCUUUCGCAUUUAUUUUCUUACUGUACUAGUACCAGAGUAAGUAUGUUGGAAGGUGUGUGUGCGUGCUAAUGUCAUUACAUGCUUUGCCAAUAUAUAAUUAAUACAGCACAUUAGACACAAUAAAAUAGUCAAAGUUA